AUGGAUCGUUUGGCUACAUACCAACCAUCCUCAUCCAAAUUCUACGACACCUUUAGUUUUGACAUUGAAUUACCAACAGAUGGCGCCGAUCCAAAUGCUCGAAUUGAGUUCUGCAUAUGUUUUGAAGCCAAUUUUGUCGAAGGUUAUGCGAAGCCACAGCGAUACUGGGAUUCGAAUGGUGGACGCAACUAUGUGCUUACAAGUCAGGAAGCAUCCUCUUCGGAGCCGCCACGACAUGUUCCGGUGUUGUUCGGGAAGCAAGACCGCAAUGAUGCAUAUUCGUAUGAUCUUGAAAACUGGACUAGAUUUGCGGCUUGGAAAAAUUUGUCGACUGAUGAACCGUACUGGUAG